AUGAGAAUUUAUACACAUCUUUGUGUUCUAUUUAUAGUUCUCUACACAAAUUAUUAAAGAGCAGUUUUAGCUUAAAACACAAGAGACCCUUCUAUAAAAUACAAAAUAUUAACUAAUACAAAGUAUGUAAAUAGAAUAGAUCUAACAAACAGUGGUUUCUCUCUUUUUUAUGGCAUAUCUAAAACAAAUCCUUCUUAAUUAUACUUUUACUUUUUAAGUACACCACCAGUAACCAAUAUAUCACAAUUAGAAUUGAUUUUUGGAAGUACAACUCAAAGUGUAUAUUCAAUGGUUUUUCAAGUAAGUAAACCACUUGCCACCUAUGUUUGCAAUGUUUUAGAUUAAUUUUAUACUAACGGAACACCUUCUGGAGCCACACCUGUAACUACUAAUGUUUAAUGUGAUGAUCCAGGUCAACCAAAUAAUAUGAAUACAAAUUACUGGGAUUAUUUUAACCAGUACACUAGGUUAAUUAAUCCCGCUAAUGGCUUUUAAAUUGUUCUUAACUAACCUAUGAAUAUUCAAUUUAUUGUGAGUUCAGGAGGAGGUACUUAGAGAUUUACAUAUACUAUUACUUUGUACAGUUAAAAAUACUGUCAUGGUAUAUGUGCCGCAGGGUAAUGUGAUGGUCCUAAUUAUAAUGAUUGCUUAAGCUGUGCAGACCCUUAAAUGGUCUCUGUUCAUAACUACUGUGUCUAUAGAGAUCCCGACUAUCUUCCUUAGCCAGCAACUCCUCCAUCACAACAAUCUUAAUGGAAUAAAUUUGAAUACAUGAAUGACAAAUUUAAUGCCUCAAUAUACUAUGGAUUUAGAAAAUAAAACACAUUUAACUACUGUUAUUUUAGAAUUGUUGUUAAUUAAAGUAUGAUAACUUCAACUCCUGGUUAAACUCCUUCUUGGAUAGGUUUUUCUUUUUAAAAUACUCACAAAAGUGGCACUGCUCCAUUUAAUGAUAUGGUAAUAAUUACUUAUCUAAGUGGAUAUUCUGCAACAGCAACUCCUGAUGUAACAGAUUAUCAUUCUGAAUCCCCUCUGACUUUCCCUUUGACACCUCCACCAGGUAAUGCAGCUUAUUAUCCUGUAAAAGAUACUGCACAAAAUUAUGUAUAUGCAAGAGGUGGGUAUGAUGGUUCGUCUAAAUGGGAUGUGAGUGUAGUAAGAAUGUGUGAUUUAGAAGAUCUUAAAAAUACUGCUUACUUUGAUUAAGGAGCUUUUGCUGCUUAUUAUGAUUUAAAUAAUGAUGUUAAAACUUUAGUAUAAUGUAAUUUUUUUAAUGCUGGCCCAUGUUUACCCUUACCUCAAACUCCUACAUCAUAUUCUUUUUCUAUGGUUGUUGGUCUUCUUCCUUGGGAUAGUGCAAAUAUGAUGAACAAUAAGCAUUAUUAAAAAAUAUCUUAAUUAACAUAUCCUAUAACAACUCCAGCAAGUAGCUCACUAGUAAAUACAAAAUUUUGUCCUAACUGCUCUAAUUAGUAACUAGAUUGUUUAGGUCCUGAAUAAUAAGACUGUACAACAUGUGCUAUAGGUUACUAAUUUGAUCCACAUUAUCCUAUAAGCGGACCUGGUAUAUGCAUUAAAAAAAUUAUUCCUUGUCAUUCAGACUGUGCUUAGUGCCUUACAUCAUAUAAUGAUGGCUGUACUUCUUGUACAGACUCCACAAAAUUUUUAUAUUACUCUCCUCUUUUAGGUGGUAGAUGCAUAACAUCUAAUACUCUAUUUUGGAAUAAAGUAGAUUUAGGAACAACAGAUCUUUCUUUUUAUUAUGGUUGGGACUCUAGCUUUGAGUUUAUCUACUUUAAAUUUGUGGGUACUAUUCAAGGAUGGGUAGGUGUUCUUUUUAGUACAACUAAUAGUGGAGCAUUUACACCAUCAAAAGAUACCUUCCAAUUUUCUAAGCCAGGCAUUUCACCUACAAGUAUUCCAGUUAAGGAUGCUAGCUGUUCAAAUGGGUCUGAUUGUUUCAAAGGUAAUGCAAAUUCUCCUACUGAUAGUAUUUAGCUUGUUUAAACAAUACCUUCAUCAAUAUGGACUAAUACAAAUUUAAACGCUAUUAUGUCUAGAUAAGCUAUUCCUUCUGUAGUAGGUAGUAGUGACUAAGUGAUAGAUGAUAACUAUAAAGGUGUAAUUAUUUAUUAUGACACAACAUCUACAGAUCCCACUAUUUAGUCUGGUGCAACGUUUAAAACUGUUGCUCUACCAACUUAAUAAUUCCUUAAAACAUAAGUAUGUGCUCCUAAUUGUAUUACAUGUUCAGGUCCUGAAAUUACAGACUGUCUCAGUUGUGCAACUGGAUAUGCUCUUGCUGGGUCAGCUCCAAAUUAAUGUGUAAGUGUUAAAACAACUGGUUGUAAUCCUCCAUGCGCUACUUGCCAAACAUCUAAUAUUAAUAAGUGUAUAACUUGUUUAAGUACUAUCAAAGUUGUUUAUGGUGGUAGCUGUAUUUCUUCAUAUCCUUUGUAUUGGAAUAAGAUUUACUUUAACCAAGCAAAUUUUACUGUUUACUAUGGUUUUGAUUCAAGCUAAACUAACAUUUACUUUAGAAUUACUGGUCAAAAUAAUGGUUGGAUAGGAUUUGGGUUCAUGGACAGAAACUUAGCAUAAAGCAAACAUUUAAAAACUGAUAUGUGGACAUUCAGAUAAAGUAAUGGUAAUAUUCUUAUAGAAGAUAGAGCAUCUUUCUCUUAAGCACAACCUAUGUUGGAUACUAAUAUUGGUGGUAAAAACGAUUUACAAUACAUUUAAGGAGGAAGAGAUUCAUUAGGUUAUUGGGAUAUUUACUUCGUUAGAGCUUGCAAUACAGGAGAUUCGACAUAAGGUUUAGAUUUUACCUUCUAGCCAAACAUUUAUUUUUAUUUGUCUUUUGCUUAUGGCCCUAGUGAUAUUUUAACUGGUCACUCUUAAUAUUUUACAAUUACUACUAUCUUAAAGACUACAUAGAUAUGUGAUUAGACAUGUUAGUCAUGCACAGGCCCAGAGCUUUAUUAAUGCACAAGUUGUUAAUCAGGGUUUUUACUUUCAGCUUCUUCUCCUUCUCCUUGUGUACUUAAUUAAUAACCCUGCUAUUAGACAUGCCAGACUUGCACAGGUCCAACUGCCUCUAAUUGCAUAACAUGUGCCAACAAUUAGUAUUUAUAAGCAGGAGGACUCUGUGUUCCAUAGUCUCCUACUUUUUGGAAUAAGAUACCAAUUACUGGAACUAAUCUUUAUCUUUAUUAUGGUUAUGAUACAGCAUUAUAAAAUAUAUAUUUUAGACUAAAAGGAACUGGCCCUAGUGGUUGGCUAGGUAUGGCGUUUUAAAAAGUAAAAUAGCAGAUGGAUAUGAUUGUCUUGAGAAUGGUUAAUGGAAACACUAUAAUUGAAGAUAAAUUUUCAUAAUAUCACAAUUAUCUUCCUAGCGAUGACAUAGGAUAAGGUGGCUCAAAAGAUUACUAUUACAUCACUGGUGGAAGAUCAGGGGCAAAUACUUGGGAUGUAACAUUUAUGAGAGUGGUUGCAGACUAAGAUACUAAAUUUGAUGCUAUUAUUGAUUCUAGAGCAUACUCUUUAAGCUUUGCAUAUGGAGCAUCUGAUACAUUUGAUGCUCAUACUGCAGUUUACAGCAUAGAUAAUGUAUAUUUUCUUACAAAAUAAGUAUGUGAUAGUUCAUGUUUGACUUGCUAAGGACCUGAAACAACUGAUUGUUUAUCUUGCCCUUCUGGUACAAUUUUAUCAGGAAAUGCUCCAAGUAUUUGUAUUAAUCCUGGAACAAACUGUGAUCCAAGCUGUGCAACUUGCUCAGGUCCCGGCCAGUCUAAUUGCUUAACUUGUUCAUCAGUGAAUAAAAUUUCUUACUUUGGUACUUGUAUAAAUUCCACUCCUUCAGUAUGGAAUAGAGUAGAUGUCAACUCAAAUUUUGUUUUUUAUUAUGGAUAUGAUGCAGGUGGUAGUUAUAUAUACUUUAGAGCUGUGGGAACUUCACCAGGAUGGUUUGGAGUAGGUUUUAAUGGUAGUAUGCUUAAUACUGACAUGCACAUUGUAAGAAUACCUUCAACAAUAGUUUAAGUAGAAGACCGUUAUUCACUAGGUCAUGUAUAACCUCUUUUAGAUCUUUCUCAAAAUCUAGUGACUAUUAAAGGAACAUUAGCUGGAUCUAAUUUAGAUUGUACUUGGGUCAGAUCAGCUAUUUCGCCAGAUACUACUUACGACAUACCUUUGAAUUUUAAUUCACAAAUAAAUCUCAUUUUUGCAUUCGGAGCAACUUAAGUUUUUAAUAAGCAUACUUCUGUUUAUACAGUAAAUGGAGUUACUCUUUCUAGAUAACAACAAUGUUCUACUGGAUGUUUGAAAUGUACAGGUCCUGAUCCAUAAAACUGUAGUCUUUUUAAUAACUCUACUACAACUAACAACACUAACUCAGUUAUAUGGAACUAUAGCAGUAUCGUAAGCUGUCUCUUUAGCUUAUAUAUGAUAAUAAUAUUAUUAUUUUGA